UUGCUUUGUUUUAAUCUUUGUAGGCACGUGUGUAAAAUCUUUAAACUAUUUUUAUUAUUGAUUAUUAUAUAUCAUUGAAAAGAGGCAAAAAUCAGCAUUACAAUAGUGAAAACUUCAUAACAAAAUAACAAUUUUACAAGAAGUUAUGCUCAUUUAAGUAACAAAAUUUGAUUACAAGGAUUGCUUAAAAAAACUGCGUUUUAAAAUAUCAGUUUCGGCUAACGGUAGUUUUGUUAUGGAAGUUUGUUGCUAGAAGCGCAAUAUUUUGUUUUAUUUACAAUACUUUAACUUAGGUACAUAUUCUGCUACAAAAAAUUAGGUGUCUGCUACAAAAUCUUUUUCGAUAAAAUUUGUUAUGUACGUAGAAAAUAAGUUUUUAAAUUUUUCUUAAUAGUUUUAAAAAUGUUCUCAACAUUCCUUCAAUAUUAAUUUGACGUGUGAUCAACAACGAAGUUUUGAAGAAAAGUUAAUUCAAUAAAGGCGGUUGUAACUUCAAAAAAAAACUAUCCGAGAAUGAAGUUUAACUCCUCCACUUUUCAAAAAAAGUCUAUGCUGAUAUUAAAUCCUAAAAAAUAACACAAAAAAAUACAUUCUUACAACUCAAACGCUAAGCACGCUUUGAUAAAAUGGUCGAAUAUUUUGAUUACAUAAUCGGUGCCGUAACUCAUUGGAUACGCUUGUACCUAAUCUUUGUCAGUGUGUUUGUUAAUUUUUAAAUUUAAUAAAAUAAAUGAGACAGUUUAGCGUAAAUCACCUUUCCAAAAAAAAGAGAAAAAAAAAGAGAAAAAUAUAUAGCGCAAAUGGGCUUGAUCAUCAAGCCCAUGUAUUCAUACAGUAAUUAAACAGUAUGUAUUCAUACUGUAAUUAAACAGUAUGUAUUUAUACUGUUUUUAUUAAUGAAUUACUUUGGCUAUCUUAAAAACAUCUCCAAAAAGUCAUCAAUGUAUGUGGCCUAUAUAUGGCUAAUUACCAUAUAUAGGCCACAUACACAGGCCUGCGAAGACAAGUUUAGCUCACUAAAGACCAUCAUAACCUGGUUUGCAGACUGAAAGUCAGUGAUUUUAAGAAGAACGAGUUAAAAAAAACAAGUGAAAGUCAAAAGAAGUCGAUUUAGAAAGAUACCAUUAAAAAGUGGUCAAAUAAUGCACUAGAUGGUAGAAUGUGCAAUGGAAUACACAAUAAAACUAGCCUUAACUAAAUAUAUUUUUCAAUAUGGUACACAAAGUCUUGCAAAUAACAUUAGAAAUAAGUUUAAGAAAGUGUGUGGGGAUUCUAUUUCGACCUAAACUUAUACCGUUUUGUAAUGUAUUUUUUUAUUAAAUCAAAAAUCUCAUUUUCGGUCACUGAAUUAAAAAAAAAAUCAAAUUUUUUAAAUAGCCAGAGAAAAUACGUUCAGAAAAAAUCUUUUUACCUUUGGGUGGGCAUUGUAUUUUUCAUAGCAGUUGUUAAAAAUGUGAGCAACGGUACUACUAUCUGAGAUAGUGUUACAAAUAGGUUUGAAAAUGCAAGAUUUAUUUGGUGCGGAUGGUUUUAUGUUUUUUUUUUUUUUUUGUUAUUUUUUUUUUAUUUUAUGUUAACUAUUCUUGUAUUGCUUUCCGUGUAUUUUUUGCAUUGUUAAGGUUUUCAAAAAGGAAAUGUAGUAUGAAAUUUUGGAAAUUCCUAAUAACUUGCAAAUUUUAUUGUUGCACAAUUUAAAUUUAUUGAACAGACUUUUUGUGUUAUAUAUAGGUUAUAUUAUCUAUAUAGUUUAGUAAUUAGUAUAAGAUUAUGAAUAGGAUGUCAAAAAUUUUAACAGGAAAAUUUAUUUAUUUAAAUGUAAUAACAUUUAUUAUAUAUUAUGUAUUACAUAAAAAAAUAAUAUUAUAUAAAUAUUUUAUUAAAUUAUUUCAAAUUUAUUUCAUAAUAUUUAUUUCAUAACCGACGUGGCUUUUGGGGUGGAUAUGAUGUGGUUUUUGUAGUACAUUUGAAGUGUUCUAUAAAAUAUAAGUUAACAGUGAUGCAAUCAUCCUAAGAGCAAUUUAUUAUAACAAUCUUCUUCAAAAAAUUAAAAAAAGUUAAAAUUUAAAAAAGUUAAAAUUCUUAACAGUAAAGAAAUUAUUGUUAAAUUAGUUAAUGUGGUUUUUAGGGUGCAUAGCGAAAAAAAGAGUCAGCUUCAACAUUCAAGCAAAAGAAAACAAGCGAGACAUUAAACCAUACCUAUCAGAAAGAACCCCAUUAAGGCUUAUCUUUCAAUAGUAAUAGCUUAAAAAAUAUGAUUUUUUUCAAGAAAAAAGUUCUAGGCUCUCCUACUUUUAUGUGGUUUUUGGGGUGCAAGCACCUGUAAAUUUAAUUUGAAAAAAAAAGGCCAAUUUAAGUCCGUACGUUCUCGUACAAAGAUAAAUAGACUAAAGGCUUUACUUUGACGUUAUUAAUUGAUAAAUUGACGUUACUCGUUUACAUUUAAAUGAGCACUCGCACGAAAAUGUCAACAUUGCAAAAUAAACAGUAAACAUUUGCUUAUGUCACGAGAGUCUCUUACAACUAAGCACAGUAGUUAGUUAAGUCUUUUUAUGUCAAGUAAUGUGUUGAAAAUAACUACCAUCGAAUUCUAAAUGGAAUUGUUAGCCGGAUUUUAAAACGUUAUAUGUUCCAAGUGAUUUAGAUCAUUAUGUACAUCGAAUAAUUGAACAACAUAUUCUAAAAGUAACUAAAGAAGCAAUUUUAAAAGCCAUUAAAAAUAGAACUACUUUUUACCUAACUAUGGACCUUUUUCAGCUUACUACGGGUUUCUACAAAAAAAUGGAAAAUGGUCUAUUUAGCAGCUCAGUUAAAACAGAAGUAUCUAGAAAUCAAUUGGCUUCUGAUGAAUUUAUUUCAAAAUGUUGUGGUGAAGUAAGCUAUAAUAUUGGAAGUGAUUGGUUGCGAUGGGGAAGACACCUCGGUCUAAGUGAUUCAGAUCUUGAUAACAUUGGCUCUGAUAACAAAAAUUGUUAUGAAAAAGCUGAUAAUGUUUUUAAAAAAUGGAAGCAAAAAAAUGGAAAUCCUUCUUGGGAGCAAUUGAAAAAAGAAUUAAUGGCUUUUAAUCGAUUAGAUAUUGUGAUUAAAAUUGAAACAAAAUUUAGAGAGACAUCAAGUUCAUCAGUAACAGAAUCUUCAAGUUUAAAAACAAAAUUCCUUUUGUUAGCAGUCUUGACUUUGGUUAUAAGUCUUCUUUUUAAAAACAUCAGCUAUUCAUUUUUUUGGAAAAACUCAAAAUCAGAUUUGUCAAGGUCGUCUGCGGAAUUAAAAAAGUAUUAUUUUAAAUAUUAUUGGAAAAUUAAUGAACAUCAACUACUAAUAAAAUCAUCUGUAGAUGUUGAUUUAAAUCAAAAAUUUGUUGAUCUAUGUAUUGUUGAUGCAGUGAAUGCUCAAGUGGAACGCUCAAAGGCUGCUGUUUUAAGUGUUGAACGAAAUAAAUUCCUUGAAAAACAAAUGAAUUAUACACCAAUACAAUAUAGUGAAAUAUUUACGAAAGAAAAAUCAGUCUUAUUAAUAUCUGGAAUAGCUGGUAUUGGGAAAACAUGGUUGCUUAGAAAAUGUUUGCUUGAUUGGUCAAAUGGAUUAAUUUGGAAAAAUAUUGAACUUGUUUUUUAUUUGGAAUGCAGGAGACUUAAUCAAUAUUCAAAUAUUUCAAAUAUAAAUGAAUUACUAAAUGUUUUCUACAAAGAUAUUGUAAACUUUAACAUAAGCAGUCAUACUGCACUGUUUAUAAUUGAUGGAUUAGAUGAGUUUCAUUAUUUCAACGAGUUAUUAAAUCCAAGUUUGACUUGUAACUACCCGAUUGUUAAUGUUUUAGCAGAAAUUCUAAAGUACAAUCAUGUAAUUGCUGGUAGAGUUUAUGCAAUAGAUCAAUACCAAAGUAUAUCUACAGAAUAUAGUGAUAAGUUGACUGUUCAAAUAAUGGGGUUUAAUGAAAAUGGAAUUAAUAAUUAUGUAGAAAACCAUGUUAUGGAAGAAAAAAAAAAAGUUAUAAAAACAAUUUUAAAGGAAUCUCCAAUUGCAAAAGCAAUGGCAUCUGUUCCUUUUUAUUUAUCUUCCAUGUGUAAAAUCAUAAAUGAUUCAAAAGAUAUGGGUUUAAAUUCUUUUUUAACAAUGACAGAUUUGUAUGCAAAUAUUUUUUUGUACUUUAUACGAAAACACAUUUUUAAAAACAACAAAUUCGUAUAUGAGAUUAUAGAAGACAGCUCCAAUAAAAAAUAUAUUUUAAAUAUUUGUAAAAUUGCAUAUAAAAUGUUUGUGAACAAUAAAAUAGUUUUUUCCAAAAAAGAAAUUCAUGCUUUUAUAGGUGACUUGGAUAAAAAUGAAGAUAAGUAUUUUGGAUUUAUAGAAAAGAUUGAAACAGACCUUGGUAGUUAUUAUCAAUUUGCACAUUUGACAAUAAUGGAGUUUUGUGCAUCUGUGUAUGCAUACAAUUAUUUAAGUAGUUAUGAGAUUAUGGUCAAUGAGAAGCUGAAGAGUUGUUUAUCAAUGAUUUGUGGAUUAGCCAAUAAAAACCAAAACAGUUUAAUAAUGUUUCUUGGUAACCUGAAUCCUUCAAAAAAAUCCCAUGAAGAAUCUUUAAUUUUGUAUUCUGUUUUGGAUCGUCUACGUAAAAGUGAUGACAGAAAAGAUUACCAUGAUUUUUUCAUUGAAUGUUUUUAUGAAAGUCAAUCAUCAUUUAAUGAUGAAAUUAAAUCAAUUGUUGAUGAACAAGAUUUGUGGUGGAUUUCGAUUGUCUAUGGAAAAACUUCUUACUUAACUUCUUGCGAAAAUUAUUUCAUAAAUCAUUACGUAAAAUCUGGAAGAAAGUUAUGGUGGUUACGUGUUGAAAAAAAUAUAUUAAGUGAUGAAGAAAAAAAACUUUUAAUACAAUGUUCAACUAAUGUUCGCAAAGUCAGCUUUAAUCAUCCAAUUAAUUUCGAAGGAUGGAAACCGAAAGAUACGAUUGAAAUGUUGAUGAUAUCGAUCUCACGUUAUUUAAUAACAAAAAAAGAUUUUGAAGAAAAUUUUCUUCCGUGGAUUAAUCUUUGUAAAGAAUUAUAUCUUGAACUUCACGACGACAUUGAUUUUAUUAAAGAAUUUUAUAAAUGGAUUCGUUGUUCGAAUGUCAAGAAGUUUUCGAUCAGGUACCGUGGAAAAGAUUUUGAAAACCUCGAUGAAUUUAGAAACUUUACAACACGAUAAAAUAUUUAAUACCUUAAAUAUAUUAAAUAAAAACAAUAACUAUAAAUAACUAUUGAAAUAUUUAAUGUAUUAUUUUAUAAUAAAUACGUUUUUAAAUAUACAAAUUAAUUUUA